AUGCUCGCUGUCAACGAAGAAAAUUCGGGUCUUCAUAUUCGCACCGACGAUGUCGAAGCUCUUGCCUCCACAGACGGCCGUUCUGGAUAUAAUAAGCGGGAAAAGACAGAUGGAAGAUCUGGAUACAACAGUAUUGAAGAGGGCACUGUUACGACCGACGGCCGCUCCGGUUACAAUCGUCGGGAUGUCGAGGCAGACGGUGUUGUCACGACUGAUGGUCGCUCCGGGUACAACCGCAGGGAAGAGGGCGCUGAUUCUGUCACUACUGACGGACGGUCUGGAUACAACAGACGUGAUGAGGAGGCGGAAUCAGAAAUGACCACUGAUGUCCGAUCUGGGUACAACCGGCGUACAGAGACCGACACUGUUAUCGACACCAACGGACGCUCCGGUUAUAACAGACGCGAUGGUGAAGAUGCCGCUGUCUCCACUGACGGUCGAUCUGGCUACAACCGCCGCGAGGAGGAUGGUCGGUCUGGGUACAACAAAGCUGCGGAGACAGAUGGUCGUUCGGGUUACAACCGCGCGAUUUGA